UCAAAAGAAGGUUUUAGUAAUAAUCUCUACACGCCUAGCUAGACAUGACACAAGCUCAUACAUUUCUUAACUGCCACUCCAAUCAUGCAUCACUAGCACACACACAACCUUUUCACAUGCACAUUAUAAAAGCAUUACCUCACUCUCCUCUCCACCCCAAACCCAUUUCUCAAAUCAAAGUGACACAAAUACAGUAACCAUAUCAUAAAGCUAAAAGAUGGGAUUCAACAGAACCCUUUGGCUUUCUGGCUUUGUCAUUUUUCUCAUUUCAAUCAUAUUUGUUCUUUAUACAACACCGCCACCUUCCCCGACCUCUGACACGGCCAUUAGCCCUCAAGAUAGUUUCAGUUUCCAGCUUGAAAUAUUUACCAAGAUUAUAAAGUUUAGUGGAGCUCAGGACUUUGUGUCUCUGAUAACAAGUGUAGCUAGGAGGAGACAUCAUCAUCACCGGAGCCAUAAGGAAAAAUGUGACGGGUCCAAAUGGAAUUCAAGGCUUAUUCAAGACUAUAAUGUGAGUCAAGUUUUAACGGUUGACUUACAGGGUUGUGCUAACUUCAGUAGCGUGCAGAAAGCCGUUGAUGCUGUUCCUGAAUCCAGCUCUGAUACCACCCUUAUCAUCAUAGAUAAUGGUACAUACAGGGAGAAGGUAGUGGUGCAGGCCAACAAAACAAACUUGAUAAUUGAAGGUCAAGGGUAUCUGAAUACAAUCAUAGAAUGGAAUGACACAGCAAAUUCCACCGGCGGGACUUCCUAUAGCUACUCCUUUGCCAUCUUUGCCACUAAGUUCACUGCUUACAACAUCAGCUUUAAGAACACGGCUCCUCCACCGCCACCAGGAGUGGUUGGGGCACAAGCGGUGGCACUGAGAGUUACCGGUGAUCAAGUUGCUUUCUAUGGGUGUGGGUUUUAUGGUGCGCAGGACACACUCAAUGAUGACAAUGGGAGGCAUUAUUUUAAAGAAUGUUUUAUCCAAGGAUCCAUUGAUUUCAUAUUUGGAAGUGCCAGAUCACUUUACGAGGACUGUACCAUAAAGUGUGUGGCCAAAGAAGGGGAUGAGAUUAGCGGGUCUAUCACCGCUCAAGGGAGGGAAUCGGAGGAUGAGUCAAGUGGGUUUUCCUUUGUGAAUUGUAGCAUUGUUGGGAGUGGAAGAGUGUGGCUUGGAAGAGCUUGGGGACCCUAUGCCACUGUGGUUUUCUCAAGAACAUAUAUGUCUCAUGUCGUAGCUCCUGAUGGAUGGAACGAUUGGAAUGAUCGCUCUAGAGACCGGAGCGUUUUCUUUGGGGAGUACCGUUGUCUUGGACCUGGAGCAAAUUUUACAUCCAGAGUCUCUUAUGCCAAGCAACUCACGGAUUACCAAGCUAACUCCUACAUGGAUAUUUCCUACAUUGAUGGAAAUGAUUGGCUUCUUAAUUAUUUUCAAAACUCUAUGUUAAUUAACCCUUCAUAUACCUAAUGGAAACAAUAAAGCUCAACUGCUUCAAUAUGUAUGUACACAUCUUCACAAUAAUCAAGUCUUUUUUUUUGUUCA